ACACUAGUGCGGUAACAAGCCAUCGCGCAAGUGGCCCAGGGGCAGGAGAGGCUCCCAUCAAGUUUCACACAUCCUCUUCUUCCAGAUAAUAAACUCAUUUGAUUUAACCGACCGGGGGUCUGGGACACUGUAAAACAUGGCUGCCUUUUCAGCCUGGUUCUGGAACGAGAGGUUUUGGCUCCCACACAACGUCACCUGGGCGGAUCUGGCAGACCCAGCUCCCGGGGUCGAGUACCCCAAAGCGGGACACUUGUUUGCUGCCUUCCCGUUGGCUUUGGGGAUUUUCGCCGUCAGGAUACUUUUCGAAAGGUGCAUUGCCGGUCCCUGUGCCCGCAGUCUCCACAUCCAGCCAGGUAUUGGACGAAGAGCGCAGCCCAAUGCUGUGCUGGAGAAAGUGUUUACAUCCAUCACCCAGAAUCCAGACUCUCGGCAUCUGGAUGGCCUCUCCAAACAGCUGGACUGGGAGGUGCGAAAGGUCCAGCGUUGGUUCCGCCACCGCAGGAACCAAGAUAAACCCAGCACGCACACUAAGUUCUGCGAGAGCAUGUGGAGGUUUACAUUUUAUUCGUGCAUAUUUACCUAUGGGCUCCGGUUUCUGUGGCAGUGUCCUUGGAUGUGGGAUACACAACUUUGCUGGUAUGGUUAUCCUUAUCAGGUCAUGACUCCGGGUCUCUACCACUACUAUGUGACAGAACUGGCCUUCUACUGGUCCCUCAUGUUCUCCCAGUUCACCGACAUAAAGAGGAAGGACUUCCUUAUAAUGUUCAUCCAUCACCUGGCGACAGUUAGCCUGAUCAGCUUUUCUUACGUCAACAACAUGACGCGAGUAGGGAGCCUCGUGAUGUGUGUCCACGAUGCCUCAGACUUCCUGCUCGAGGCAGGUAAACUGGCCAACUAUGCCAAGUACCAACGCUUGUGCGACUUCCUCUUCAUCGUGUUCAGUGCGGCAUUCUUCAUCACACGAUUAGUUGUUUAUCCAGUAUGGGUCCUGAACUCCACUCUGUUUGAGAGCUGGGCCAUAGUCGGGCCGUACCCGUCCUGGUGGCUCUUCAACUUCUUGCUGCUGGUCCUCCAAGUGCUGCACAUCAUCUGGUUCUACCUCAUAGCCCGUAUAGCUGUGAAAGCUAUGCUGCGGGGCAAGGUGAGCAACGAUGUACGCAGUGACAUUGAGAGCAGCUCGGGCGAAGAGGCCGACACGCCCACAGGAGGCCCGAGGGCCUUUUCUCAUCCUCCCAAGGGAGAAAACGGCACCAGGAGCCACUGCGUUGCUGCCAAAGACGGAGUGCAGAACCACAGCAGCUGGUGACAGGAAGCUGGGUGCCCCCUGCAGUUCGUCCCUCACGCCUCCAACCACUCUCUUUUUGACAUUCCCUUGACGUCCAAGGCGGGCGCGCACACACACACACACACACACACACAUACACACAGCUUUGAAGAGCCCUGUGCUGACUUGUACGACACAACUCAAGAGGUGACGUGUGAAAGCUGAAAUGAUAUCAGUUGAAGUAAGUUACUUGCAUAGUCUUAUUUCUUAAAUGAUGGAAUGUUUUUUUUGUGCCGAGUUGGACUGCAGUCGUUGAUUUGUUUCAAUGUUCUCUCCCAGUUUUAUUGGUCAGAUGAACUUGUAUUAUUUUUGUGUUACUGUUUAAUUCACACUGGAUCACAAAACACUACUCUCUGGAAGGUUGCUGCAUUUGUCAUCUGAUGUUACAGUAGGUAUUAUACAUAUAAAUAACGGUUUAAAUAACUGUUGUAGCUGUUGUAUCAGCUGCUGUGUGUAUGAGCAGAAGUACACACUUGAAACAGCAGCAGUUUCUGCCUUCAGCGAUUUAUUGUGGAUUUUUUCUUUUUAACAACAUUGUUUGGCAACUUUGACUUAAUGUUUAUUUCAGUUUUACCGUUUGUUUUUUUACUACUUCUUCCGAGAUUACAUGUUUAUAAAGUUGUUUGUCACUGCCUACAGAGGAAUCCAGGUAUGAGGACUAUACUACAUGUCUGGUAUCACGUUCUCGCUUGAUGGCCUUGUAAAAAAAAGUAUAUAUUUCCAAAUAUAUUCUGUUGACAAGAGGC